AUGUUGUAUAUCACUGCACUUCAGAUGCUUGACCCAGGACAGAGCUACAGUCUAAGUGUUGUCACAGUGAGUGCAGGUGUAGAGAUAGGACCAUCUCAGCUGAGCCAGAAUGUUGUAACAAUCCCAGAAGUGCCGACUAACCUGACAGCAUUACCCAGUCAGACUACAACAUCCUCCAUUGAUGUCAGCUGGGACGUGGAGGGUGUGGCAGAACAGUUCCUCAUCACUGCCACCUGUUACCAUGCCAACUGUGUCAAUGAAACAACAACCUUCUCCUGGAAUGACUGUCAAGGGGACACAGGUGCCACCAUAGAUGGCCUCACACCAGGAGCAUUCUACAGUCUUACUGUGGCAGCACGGAGUGGGGGCAAGGAUAGUGCAGCCAGCAUAGCAGUCAUGGAGCAAACAGAGCCAGUACCACCAACAAAUGUGACCUUUGACCUAGUGAAUGUGACCUCGCUGAUGGUGAUGUGGACAGCAGCAGAAGGGGUGCAUGAUGGGUACAACCUCAGCUGUUCCUCCUGUGAAGGUCGGCAGGGACUACCCCUCUUCGUGCCUGAGUCUGAGUCCAGAUACCAGUAUGACGGCCUGAUCAGGGGACAGAUGUACAACUUCAGCAUCAUCACAGUCAGUGAACCCAAGUACAGCCAACCCACGGAGAUCACACAGAUCAUAGACCCUGCCCCUGUGGAGAACAUCACCAUCCUGACUGUCAGCUCCAGAAACGUUAGCCUGGGAUGGCAGGCUCCUGAGGGUGUCUACUCACACUUCAUCAUCACAGUCACUUCAGACAGUGGGGAGGACAUGAUGGUGAAGUCCGACAAUCUGAACGCGACCCUAGUUGACCUGACCCCUGGUACCUCGUACACAUUUACUGUGUACACUGUGAGUGGGAACAAGGAGAGUGAAGGCAUGCCGUAUGGACCUGAAAUGACUCUGGAAGAACCUCCUGGACCUGUGUCAAAUCUCACACUGGUUGACACAAGCUCGACUACGCUUCAAGUGUCCUGGCAACCCCCAGAAGAGCCUAACGGAGUCAUCACCAGCUACACCAUUCGUGUGAGGAACAGUGCAGACAUUCAGUGGAAUGGAACAGUGACUUUGGUUCCAGCUGUUCCUACCACUGUGAUGAUGACUACAACUGCUGCCCAACCUAUGGACACGUCUACAGCACUACCACCAUAUACAGUACAAACUGUUGCUGUAACAACUAGCCAAGCAGUAACAGCUACAAAUACAGCUACAACCAUUCCAGGUACAACCAAUGUAGCAUACACAACAGUUGCUGUAUCUACGGACUCGCAAACAGCUACCAAUCCAACCGCAAUGGAUGCAAGUUCUACAGUAGCCCCACAAACAACUCCAGGACCUACAAACAUGCCAAGCACUUCUCCAAUGGUUACUGACAUGCCUGAAAUGACUGGAGGAAGCACAGCACUCCCCAGUACACUUGCUACAACACAAGUUGCCAGUUUAGCUACCACGACAGCCACCAUGGGGGUACCAUUUAAUCCAUCCCCUACCCCUACAAAUGCACCAACAGCUUGUUUUGAUGAGUUGAUAGUGGUUAUCUGUGGGGACGGAUCAGGCACGUACCCCCCGGAUGCAGCUAUGUUGGAGUGUGAUGUUUCUGGGCUUGUACCACAUAGAGAGUAUUUUGUAGAGGUUUUUGCAUCUACAGCACCAGGAGCAGGGGACAAAGAGAACAGGAGCCGAAGUACACUGCAAGACCGACCUUGUGACCCUCCAACAGAUGUUGAUGUCUACAACACGUCAUCUUCUUCAUCUGACCCAAACAUCAAGACAGUCAACAUCACAUGGACCCCUCCCACCCAGCCUAAUGGGAAUGUCCUGUACACAGUCUACAUGACUGACUCUUCCAACAUGACAACCACCAUUAAUACCACUACAGCAACAGCUCAACUUGUUGUGGAUAACCUGGACAGUUUUAGCACGUACACCAUCACAGUUGCAGCAUUCACAGCUGUUGGGUACGGACCAGAGUCAGACGAGGUUAUGUUCAUGACAGAAGAGGGAGUGCCAUCCACUAGCAUCACUGACCUACAAGCAAACGUGAGUGCAACAACAGCUUCCCUACAGUGGACACCCCCAUCUGAGCCAAAUGGAAUCAUCCUGCUCUAUGAAGUACACAUAAACGACACAACUGACCACAACUACACUGUCGUUAACACUACAGGACCUGAUCCAUCCAUAGUUUUGGAGGGUCUGGAGGAGUAUUGGGGGUACAUGGUAUGGAUUUACACCUACACACGAAUGGGCAUAGGGCAGGUUUACAGCGACCCCUAUACCAUCCUCACAGAAGAAGCAGUCCCAGGCUCACCACCCAUCUCAGGCACAAUACCGACCAGCACAAGCAUUGCUGUGGAAUGGGGGCCGCCAUCCAAGUAUGAACAGAAUGGUAUCAUUCUGGGCUACUAUCUCUCCUACAACACAGCAUCGGCUGAUCCAACCAUCCUGUCGUUCAACAGUUCAGUACGAUCAUACUCAGUCCCUGGCCUGACUCCGUACACUAACUACACCCUGUGUCUGUGGGCAUGGAAUAGUGCAGGCAAUGGGAGCAGGAGCUGUCUGACUGAGGAGACAAGACAGGAUCUUCCCAGUGCUCCACUUAACCUGGCUGUAAGAGAAAUCGACCCCCGCAGUAUCACUUUGAAGUGGGACAGUCCAACUGAGGCCAAUGGAAUCAUACUGGGCUAUACCAUUAUGUACACCAUGGAGGGAGAGUCAGAUGCUCAAGAAGUCAACACAAGCAAUACAACAGGACAGAUCUUAGAACUGAGAGCCUACACAGAAUAUAGUAUUCAAGUAGCUGCAAGGACAGUGAUUGGUCAAGGAGACAAGUCUGAGGUUUUGGAAGUUACAACAACAAUUGCAAAACCGGAUAAACCACUAGAGGUGCAAGGCAUUGCAUUCAACCAGUCUUCCAUCAAAGUGGACUGGGAGGAACCAGACCGGUAUGCUGGACCCACCUCAUACAUAGUCCAGGUGUACAAUGCUGAAACUGAUACACUGCAUAUCACUUUGCAGGCUGGGGAUAUGACAUCUUGGACCGUAUCAGGCCUGAAUGCGUACACAAGCUACUACUUUGUGGUCGUGGCUAUGACAGAGGCGGGUAACACCAGUUCAGACCAGUCAGCAGUGGUCACCACACUACCUGGAGUGCCAGUUGCAGUAUCAGGUGUAAAACCCGAGGAAGGUUCAUCUUCAGCCUCAGAGUCAACGACCUUGACCAUAACCUUCACCAGUAACAUGUUCUCUGAGGAAAACGGACCAGUGGAAAGCUACACUGUCUUUGUGGCAGAAGAUACAGAUGUUCUAGAUGCUCCCAGCUCCGGACAUGAAAAUGACACGACAGUCCGGACGUGGUACGAUGUCCAAAACAGAGACCCUAUACCACCUUACCAGGUGACAGACAAGCAACCGUACCCGUUCACUGGUAACUCUCGUUCCAAACGUCAGACUGCUCAAUCAGAAGAGUUCACUAUAGGAACUGAGGAUUGUGAACCAAGGAACAAACGUUUCUGCAAUGGACCUCUGAAACCAGGCACAACUUACAGAGCCAAGCUGAGGGCAUUUACUCAGAAUGGCUGGUAUGCUGACAGUGACUACUCUGGGCCACUGAAGACUGCAGGUCCAACAGUAUCUGAUGCCCAGCAACAGAUGUACAUAACCAUUGGUGCUUCAGCAGCAGCGGGCGUGGUCGGCUUGUGUCUGAUCAUUCUAAUUGCAGUAGUGUGUCUAAAACAGAGAAGAAACAGGAGACAAGAGAUGGCGGUGGUCCCCCCACAAGCUCUGCUGGACAUCCACCUACCUGCCAGCGAACAGCAGAUGGUCGAGACCUCAUCACGUCCCAUCUACAAGUCAGACUUUGUGGAACACAUGGAGAAGAUGUCCUCAGAGAACCAGUACUGGCUGGAGGAUGAAUACAGCAGCUUGAGACACGUCGGGCGUGACCAGAGGAUCACAGCUGCACACCUGUCUGUUAACAGCUCCAAGAACAGAUACACCAACAUUCUACCCUAUGACCACUCCAGAGUGGAACUCCACCCCCUUGAGGAGGAUGAGAACAGUGACUACAUCAAUGCAAACUACAUACCGGGUUACAGAUUUGAGCGAGAGUUUAUAGCGACCCAGGGCCCGGUGCCCUUCACCGUCCCUGACUUCUGGAGGAUGGUGUGGGAACAGAACAGCAGAGUUAUCGUCAUGCUGACACAGUGCUGGGAGAGGGGAAAGGCUAAAUGUGAGCGGUACUGGCCAGAAGAUGAGGAGCCCGUGUUCUACGGAGACAUCGUCGUCAAGAUGCUGUCUGAGAACAAGGAGGAUGACUGGACCUGCCGGGAGUUCGAGCUGGCCAAUAACAGCCACAGCAGGUGCGUUCGACAGUACCAGUUCACCAGCUGGCCUGACCACGGCGUGCCGGAGGACACCAAGGCCAGUCUGGAGUUUGUCAGGAUGGUCAGGAGGAACAUCGGGGAGGGGGCGGGGCCCGCUGUCAUCCACUGCAGCGCGGGUGUUGGCAGGACCGGUACUUUCAUCACUCUGGACCGCCUGAUGCAGCACAUGGAGGACCAUGAUCACGUCGACAUCUUCGGCAUCGUCCACCAGAUGAGGCUGUACAGGGUCUUCAUGGUGCAGACUCAGGAGCAGUACAUCUUCAUCCACCAGUGCAUCAUGGACCUGCUCCAGGAGAGCACUCCAGCAAAGCGCCGCUCCACAAUCAAGAGGGUCCAGUUUGCAGAAGAUGGGGAUGAGGAAAUAGACCUUGAUGACAUUCACUUCUCAGAGUCCACAGAGUAUCUGGUCUCUCCUGAUGCAAACUCUGCUUUGUAAAUGUUGAUGUUGGUGCAGAAAGAAGAUUAAAACACUUCUUUUCAAACUUGGCAAGAUAGCUACUACAUGGUGAAGAGGGCCAGAGUCCAGUUUGCAGAAGAUGGGGAUGAGGAGAUAGACCUUGAUGACAUUCACUUCUCGGAGUCUACAGAGCAUCU